CCCCGGAGGAGGAGAAUAAUUUGAAAUGGAAUUGAGAAAACAGCCAGGAUCCAGGAUUGAGCCAUACCCACAAAGAUCAGACCCUACACCAGUGCGUACCAAACCUCCCGGGUGUCUGAAUUGUUUCAGGACUCGCCUUCAUCUAUUGCCCAUCAUUACAUUUACAUGGCUGGCGAUAACCGUUUGUCUGUCGUAUAUCUUGUCUGCCAUCAGAAAAGAUACAGAGGCAGAUUUUCCAUACAUCAGUAAAACAGCUAACAAUGAUCCACAGAGAGCGAUAUUUGCUCAGAUGGUGACCAUCGGGUCAGUUUUAUAUGGUAUGUGUAGCGUACUGAGGUACCUCUCCAUCAAAGUGGAUCUGUUCUCCUGUUCCGUCCCAAAAAGCUACCACUGGUUGAACAUUGUCUGUCUAUGUAUAGGCCUUCUAGUCAGCUUAGGAAACACCGUACUAGGAAACUUUCCAACAGAUGGCUACAACAGCUAUUUCAAGGGUCCUCAUUAUGUCGGAGCUGCUAUGGCGUUUGUUGGCGGCGUAGUGUACGGCUGGAUACAGACAAGGUUGUCAUGGUUACUGGACCUUAAACAAAGGAGAACAAGUAGGAUACAGUUGGUACUCAUGAUCUGGACUACAGUGGCCCUGUUAACAUUCGGAAUAUCAAAAGUAGUGUAUGAGGUACAGAAAUCUAAAGGCUAUGGAUCGAAAGAGGAUUCCUUACGUGACGUGUACCUGGCAUCCACCAUUACAGAGUGGAUCCUGGCUUUUAGCAUUGCGGGGUUUCCUAUGACCUUCAUACGGGACUUUAAGGCUUCUACUCUGAAGAGUCCCAGAAUAUUCAGGAGUGACUGUACAACACAAAUCCAUUAUGUGCGUAUACGAACUUGA